AUGGGUCCACGUAUUAAGCGGCGCCGACUGACAGAUCCGGAAGACGAAAGCGACGACAUCUGCCAGGCUGCUUCUGCCCUGGACAAAGACAGCUGGAAUGGAUUCUGCGAGGUAGAGUCAGAGCCGGCUCUGUUCAAUGUCAUGCUGCGUGAAUUUGGCGUCCAGGGUGUCCAGGUCCAAGAAGUGGUCUCUCUUGACGAGGAGAUGAUGGCCUUUCUCAACAAACCUGUUUACGGCUUGAUCUUUUUGUUUCGUUGGCGUGAGGAUGACCACGGCAAACAAGAAGCUAGUUGCCCUGAGGGAAUCUGGUUUGCCAACCAGACCGCAAAUAACGCCUGUGCCAGCGUGGCACUACUCAACAUUGUGAACAAUAUCCCAGGUAUUGAUCUAGGAGACAAUUUGCAGUCUUUCAAGGAAUUCACGAUGCCUUUUACCCCAGCUCUGCGUGGAGAUGCCAUCAAUAACUUCGAAUUUGUCAAGAGAAUCCAUAACUCAUUCGCCCGGAAAAUGGAUAUUCUCAAUUCAGAUCUACAACUCAAGAUCGAAGCUACGGCCAAAAAGCAUCGCUCUAAGGAUCAGGAUGAUGAUGAUCAUGACGAUGCGACCUUCCAUUUUAUUGCCUUCAUGCCUGUUAUGGGUCAACUGUGGAAGUUUGAUGGUCUCGAGCGACAGCCUCAAGCACUUGGCGAAUGUUCAGAGGACAACUGGUUAGAAUUGGUCCGGCCCAAUCUUCUUACCCGAAUGACCGCAUACGAAGAGGACCAGAUUGAAUUUUCGAUCCUCGGACUCGUGCGUGACCCUCUACCAGACCUCAUCAAGUCCUUGGCCAUCAACGUGCGAAGCCUGGAGAUUCUCAGCCAGCGCGCUAUGUCCCUGCCGCCUCCCGGCAUUGAAGUCGCCUGGAAUGAAAUGAUCCUCGGUCCUGAGCCAUCCUUGUGCCUGACAAGAGAAGGUAUCGAUGCGGCGGAGGUCCCUGAGACGGUCCUGCAAUACCAAUCGUGUUCGGUGGCACAGUUACAGCAGUAUCAGCAGGAGCUUAGCAAGAGCCAGAAGGAACUACGAGCACGCAUUCGGGAAGAACAGCAGGCACACAGAACAGAUGAUGAGUACGCAACUAGACGGCGGUUUGACUACAGUCCGGCGGUGCGAACGUGGCUUCGGCUCUUGGCGCGGAAGCAGAAGCUGCAGGAGCUACAAACCGCCCUCGUGGCCAACUGA